AUGUGGUUAGUCCCAUCUCUUUUAUACUUUUUCAGCGAUUCCAAACAACAGAUUCAGGUGCAAAGCUCAUUGAUGGAUUCCGAUGAACAUACGGCGGAUACUUCCUUCUAUAACAUCGAAUUCCGGUCGACGGCGAACGAUUCUUGGUAUAGUGCACGAGCUGUAAUGGAAGAUGACUCUAUCAUCAUCAACCUUCAGAGCUUCCCUAAAUCUUCUGAGAAGUUCACUAUUAGCGACUUCAAAACCUUCGAUUCCGUCGAUGACUUCAUCCAUCGGUUUCGAUCGCUCUCAAAUCAGUUACAGGAUACUGAAUGUUCAAAAGUCAUCAAAGGCAUGAAAGUAUGCGCUUCUUACGCUUUCAGUCCUAACGACAUUCGUUUCUAUGACGCCUUAGUUGAAAUGGUUAACAAUGUCGAACAUUCAUUUGUAAAUGAAGAAGAACAGUGUUUAUGUGGAUUUAUGUUAUUCUGGCAGGACGGACCAAAUGAGGGUCUUUUGACUUGUUGUGAUGUAGCAAGCAUUUGCUUGAUACAACCUGUUUACAAACUUGAUCAGAAUGUGGUUUCCUUCUCAAGAAUGGCGAAAAAGAGAAUUGAAAUGAUUGUUCAUUCAUCUAAAUGUGUGGGGACUUGUUGUGGGAAAUCUUUUAAUUCAGUAAAGGUGUCUAAAGAUAUGGAAGGGGGGCCUUGCAGAAAACAAAUUGGAAAGUACUAUGUCAUAUCAAUUGAAAAUUUGGAGAUAGAUUUGUCCCCAUUAUCCAUUGUGAAUUUUUUGUAUGACCACACAUCAAUCGUGUCACAAGCAUGGGUCUUUCCAAGUUUAUGUUCUGAGAAAUUCGCAAGAGGAGUGAUAAUGCUCAAUUGCCGCAAGCAAUUGAAAAUGAUAAUUGAGUUCUUAAACUUGCCAGGCAGACUUGUAAUAUCAUCGAAGGGAAGGCCAUGGGUGACAACUGAAAGAUCAUUUAGGACUGUAACUUCCAAAGAAAUACAUGGGACCUCAAUGCCAGUAUGUGAAGUUCCUUCUCUGAUAAAAUACUAUGCUAGGCUAACUACUAAAAGAUUGAAUUUAUUGCAUUUUCCAUAAUUAUACCUUGUCUAAGAGAAUUGUAAUUUUGAUUCACAUUAUUUUGUUGUUUCUGAUUAUAUUUGGAUAUGAUAUGUAAACUGAUCACAUAUAUUAACUAUAAACGAGUCACAAUGUAAUUGGAGCUAAAAACAAAGGGACAAAUUGAUGACAUGGUAUCCGAAAUCUCGGAACUCAGAACUAGAAAGGAAAGAUGUUGAUUAAUAACCACUAGCUAACCAAAUGGUCUUAUGGUAGAGACUUAGUUCUAGCAUAGGAACUG